AUGUUCCGUCAGAAAUACUUUUCCAUCUUUCCAAAGUCCAUUUUUGCAUUCACAGUAAAAAUAGUUGAUUAUCGGAAACGUCUUGAUACCCUGAACAACCGCAAGGGCGUUAAUCACAGUAGUGGCCAAUUGCGAUCGCCUCUCUGUUUUCCUCGCAUCGAGGUGACCGCACCACCAACAGAAAGCCAUAUCACGGUCGACGAAAAUUCGGCAGCUUCCAAAACCUCGGUGUCCAUGCGCCAGCGUCAUGUGACUCUCCCUCAUCGUUAUUUGGAGCCACCUCAUAGUGGUUCCCACACUCGCUAUCCUCUCACCCCACCGCCCCACUUUGCUACUGCGAGAAAUUCACUUGCCCAUGGCCCUAGAUGCAUCACACCGCCUCCCAGUGUCUCCCGACGUGGCUCCGGAGCCGGAGCUCCACAUUCGCUGACCGUUGGGUCUUCCAUGAGGAAACGCGCCUCAGUGGGAGGGAUUGGACUGCGCUCAAGAACGCCAAGCAUUUAUCAAAGACGGGGAAGUAGGCGCAUGAGUGCUAUGGAGCAACUGCCUUUUGUAGUCAGGUGGAUCAUUGGUAAGUGGGCUCCUACAAGUGAAGAGGCCGAAGGCAAGGACAAUGAUGACUAAGAAGUGGAGAUUCGAAGACGCUAUCGGAACAUUUCCGACUCCACCCACCCAGGUGACCUAUCAUCGUUGCACACCCCUCAGGCUGUUUCACGAUCACGCAGCCCCACAGUCUCUUUCAUGGAUGAUCCCAACUUGCGUAGCUAUUAUGCCCACCCUCAUCGUAGCGGCAAUCACGAAUUACAACGAAUUUCCUCUGCCUCUCUUCCUGAUCUGGAUAGUGUAGAUAAUGCCUGCAGAGUCGGAGUCCACAGCUCUACCAGCUCCGGCUCUACACUUUCCGUUAGUACUAUGGGUGAGAGAAAAAUAUGCGAGAAAAUUUGCGCUAAAACAGAUGAGAGAGGAUCAGAAUGGCGUGAACAAGAUGAGGACAAGGAGGAAGAUGAGGAAGACCCAUUUAUUAAGUGGGCCAGUCGUGGUAUGUGGCACCACCUUCUGUACUGCCUCUGUCCAAUCGAAAUCUCCGAAUGGCAAGACUUAUCCACCCCUGUAAAGAUUAUUCAAAUCAUCCAAGCGCCGAUAUUUAUUCUCUUUCGGUUGACAAUUCCCGUGGUGUAUGAGGAUCUGGAACCUCCGUCAAACUCAUCACCCGAGGCUGCAGCUGAUGUCAUUGAGGACGAAGAAGUCACUGUCUGUUCGACGCCACAUUUGGAUGGAGGUCCAAAUGGACGAAUGGAGGGAGAAGCACAAUUAAACCCUCCAAAAACGGCAAAUGAAAGGAGUGAAGAGACUCGAUCAUGUGUGGUGGAUUUUGAGGAUUUGCAUGGGUGGUGUAGGCUACUCAAUUGCUUCCAGUGUCUUAUCACCCCAAUGCUGUGGGUCCUAUUGAUUACAGUUGGAGGCAUGCCGCUAGGCCUCUACAAAGUGGGCAACUCAAACCUUCCGGUAGUGGUUAUAGUACUUCUCGUUUCUACCGGUCUUACAAUUACCAUCUUCGUCACCUCGCGUUGGGAUCGCGCUCCCACGCCCUACCAUCGACCAUUCUUUGCCACUUUGGGCUUUCUCACCUCCAUUGUGUGGAUCUAUGCCAUAGCUCACGAGCUUGUCAAUUCUCUAGAGGCUUUGGGCAUCGUCUGGGAGAUUAGUGAGGCCAUUCUUGGCAUCACUGUCAUGGCAUUUGCCAGCUCUAUCAGUGGUAGGUCGACCUUCACCAUGCUAUUUUCACACUACCCACCACCACACAGCAAAUCUAAUGCAACUUUUAAACUUCGCCACUGGCACGUUAAAUGGUAA